UCAGCUCCUGCCGCCGGCCGCGGCUUCUUUCUCGCCGAACGUCUGCUGCGGCGGCUGGCCCGGCCCCGGGAAGGACCAAAGGGGACCCAGCGUGUCCCCACGGCGGCUGCAAGAGGAUCUAAGCAUGGAUGGCAGCCGGAGAGUCAGAGCAACCUCUGUCCUUCCCAGAUAUGGUCCACCCUGCCUAUUUAAAGGACACUUGAGCACCAAAAGUAAUGCUUUUUGCACUGACUCCUCCUCUCUCAGACUAAGUACCCUCCAACUGGUCAAGAAUCACAUGGCUGUUCACUAUAAUAAAAUCCUUUCAGCCAAAGCUGCAGUAGACUGCUCAGUUCCACUAAGCAUGAGUGCCAGCAUCAAAUAUGCAGACCAACAACGACGAGAGAAACUCAAAAAGGGAUUAGCACGGUGUGAAAGGGAAUUGAAAUUAACUAAAACUGCAAUGCAAUCCAAUUCUAAAAGUAAUUCCAAGUCAUUAUUUAACACUCUACAAAAGCCUCCAGGAGAACCACAAGAUGAAGAUGCUAUGUUAAUCAAAGAAGUGAACAGAUUUCCAUCCUUUAAAAGGACACCAGUAACUUCUUCAGAGCGACUACACUUAAAUCCACCUAAAUCCGAUAAAGUCCUCACAAAUGGUACUGAGAAGAACUCCAGUUCCUUCCUGUCCAGCAUGGAUCACGCUGCCUCUGGGCCCAGGAAAUCAUCCUCUGGAACCUCCUACGGCAGAAGGCCCCGGAGCACAUCCCUAAAUUCCCAGCGGUUUCAGUUAGUAAUUUCAAAAGCACCCAGUGGGGACCUUUUGGAUAAACAUUCUGAACUCUUUUCUAACAGACAUUUGCCAUUCACCCCACGCACUUUAAAAACAGAAGCAAAAUCUUUCCUGUCACAGUAUCGAUAUUAUACACCUGCGAAAAGAAAAAAGGAUUUUACAGAUCAGCAGAUAGAAGCUGAAACUCAGACUCAAUUAAGCAGCUUUCAAUCUGAUUUUGAGACAGUUGAGAUUAAGAACUUCACAGAUUCAGAAAUGAACAUAAAGCAGGCAUCUAGCUGUAUGUCGUAUGGUACCAAAGGAAAAAUAACCCCUUUACCUUUACAAGGACAUGAAUUACCAUGGGAUGAGGUUAAAGACAGUGCUCUUCAGUGUUCCUCAUCAAGGGCAGUAUGUCAAUGUUCCCUGCAGCCUCCUUCAGGGAGAAAAAUCUAUUCUGAUGAAGAAGAACUGUUGUAUCUGAGUUUCAUUGAAGAUGUAACAGAUGAAAUUUUGAAACUUGGUUUAUUUUCAAACAGGUUUCUAGAACGACUGUUUGAGAGACAUAUAAAACAAAAUAAACAUCAUUUGGAGGAGGAAAAAAUGCGCCACCUGCUACAUAUCCUAAAGGUGGACUUAGGCUGCAUGUCCAAGGAAAACUCAGUAAUGCUAGAUGAUGUUGGUAUGUUGCAUUUACUUGAUUUUGAAAAGGCUGAGAAUUCAGAACAAAAUGAAUAUAAAAAUGAACAAGAUUUAGCCAUUCAACAGGAAAGUCAAGAAUACCAAAAGGCUUUGACUAUGUUAUUGUCUGUUCCAAAGGAUGAGAACAAGAUAGUCUCUUCACCAAAUGAAUUUUUCCUGCCUGUCUAUAAAUCACAGGAUUCAGAAGGGGUUAUAAUUCAACAGGUAAAUGAUGAAACGAAUCUUGGAACUUCAGUUUGGGAUGAAAAAAAUGUAAGUAUGUCAGACAGUUUACUAGACCAAGAAACUUCUGUGAAUGUCAUUGAAGGAGACAAUGACAAUGAAAAAGUCGAGACUUCAAAUGAGUUGUGUUGUUUUAGCACAGCACUCUCCCCGUCUGUUCAGUUAUGCAGUGUCAAAGAUGGUAAUCAGGACAUGGAAGGACCAACUCUCAAAAUCAUGGAAAUGAGCAUUGAGGACUGACCUUUCGAUGCUUGAUCUUCAUUAAUAAAUAUCCCAAAUGGCCAAUAAUUCAACAUUCCUUUCACUUUUUUUUUUUACUUUUUUUUACUUUUUUAUAUUAAGAUUUGUUUGUUUUCUAUGUUGUAUAAUAAAUUACUGUAAAUUUAGAAGCUUGAAACAGCA